AUGCAAUCUAAUGUUUAAACAUAUGCUUUCAAAAAGAUUUCAAGUGAAGUAGCCGUAAGAUCAAGGGGAACGUCAAUUGAGAGAUUUCAAACAUAGGAUAAUGCUUAAUUGUUGUUUUAAAACUAGAGACUACGCACCUAAUUAGUAGUCAGUAAAUAAGGCAGUGAUAGUAAUAUUGGACUAAUGAAUGGAGCUUAAAAUAAAAAAACCACUUUAAAAAUAACUACUCGCAUUUACAAUAAUUAUUUACUUAAUGGUUGUAGACCAAAUAAGAAGAAAUCACUUCCCAUACUUCACAUUUCACCAAAACCUUUACCAUUAUUUUUAUUACCAAACAGCAAAUCCUCUUCGUAAAAGGCUUGUACCACAAGAACUUGUUCUUAAGCUGAUAUAAAGAAAUUUUAAUUCAAAACGCUAUUUAAUGAUAUAUGA